GUGACCAUUGAUUCAAAUUAUGUAUCAGUUGAAUGCGUUAUCCACAUUGCAAUGUUUUGAAAUGUGGGCGUUUAUUUUGAAGGUUUCCUCAUUACCGUACGACAGUUACGUCAUUUUGUUUGGAUCGGUCUCAGGAAGAGAAAUCUGCAACAUCAGUCGGUCAAUGUUCGGUUCAGCACCCUGCGUACUGGAUACAAGACACGAAAUUAAUUACAUCUAGGAGGGCUGUGUCUGGUAAGCGUGGCAGGGGGAGUUGCUGACCUUCAUGCUGAGAGGUCACGGCGGAGAAGACCCAUGGAAGAUGGUCAGUGUGAGAGGGAGGGGCCAGUGUUGUCUGAGGGUGGGGUUGACCUCCACCGCAACCAAUCAGACCCCUCGGAACCAAAUCAGAACCAAAACCAGAACCGGACGCAGACUCAACUAGAGGAUGGUCAGAGGGUUGGACGAGACUUCAUCCAACAGAACUCUUUAAACAACAAUGUGGAGGAAGAGGAGGAGGAAGGUAGAACGGUGAAGGGAGAGGAAGACGGGGAUGAGGAUGAUGUGAUUGUGGAAGAAGAGGAGGAGGACAGCAGCGUGACUCACGGCCAAUCCCCCGACACUCCUAUGACUGACUGUUCCUUCUCAGACACAGGCAGUCCGGUAGCGCUCCGGCCCUCUGUGUCUCCAGAGACUACAGAUCCCAUCAGCUCCCAAGCAACAAGUCCAGACGAACCCUGCUACAGUGACCCUGCGGGCGAGACACACACCUCCACCACAGGACCCACUACCUCCAGUUCAGAACCUACCACCUCAAGCCCCACCUGCACCACAGGACCUACCACCUCCACCACUGGCCUCACCUGCACCACAGAACCUACCACCUCCACCACAAGUCCCACCUGCACCACAGAACCUACCACCUCCACCACAAGCCCCACCUGCACCACCGGGCCUACCUCCUGCACCACAGGCCCCACCUGCACCACAGGACCCACAAUUUCCACCACAGGCCCCACCACCUCCACCACAGGCCGCACCUGCACCACAGGACCCACCAUUUCCACCCCAGGCCCCACCACAGGCCCCACCUGCACCACAGGACCUACCACCUGCACCACAGGACCUACCACCUGCACCACAGGCCCCACCUGCACCACAGGACCCACCAUUUCUACCAGAGGACCUACCACCUCCACUGCAGAGCCUAUCCCUAGCCCUGCCCUCCUGGCUACCUUAAAGGAGUUAGGGGAACGGGGAGAUCACUCCCACCUGCCUCAGUACCUCCAUCAGGUAGCCGAGGCCUUUGUCCUCCAGGAAGAUUAUGAGCGAGCAGUGUGGUGUGUUCAGCUAGAGAGACUCUACCACCAGCGACUACUAAACAACCUGACAGCACUGCAGGAACAGUGGGAGAGGCGGUGCAGGGCAGACGGUCGGGGGGAGAGGAACAGUGAGACUGAUCUGACUGCACAGCAGCUGGACAUACUCACACACAUCUGCACGACACACCAACGACCCAGUCCUGGAGAAGAGAAGACUGUGGACUCUGUGCUGGAGAGUCCUGUUCGUGGUGAGGACAGACUGCCUGCAUGCCGCUCAGUUCGGUUAUUUGAGUGUUUGUUGGGGAUGGAGGAGGACCAGAGAGGAACAGACUCCACCCUCUCCCAGAGCAUCAACCCAAUCAAAUCAGCCGGAGCCCUGAAGGACAGCCUUAGCUCCAAUGACUGUGCAGCUCUGGGUGUGGCACAGGACUGCAGAGACUCCCAGGGGAUUGGGAGGGCUGAAUUCACAGACUCUCGGAGCGAAGGAACGGGUCAGCAGACGGAGAGUGAGAUGGAACACACCACUCAGGAGGGUUGCACUACGCCGGACCGCCCUACGGAUGGGGAAAUGAGCCAACCCAAGCAUGAGGAGCAGCAGGGAGGAGAGGAAAAACAGGAGGAGGUGGAAGAGGCAGAGGAGGCCUUGGCAUUAAAGGAAGAGGAGAAAGAGGAGAAGAGAGAUGGUGUUGAUUGUUUAAAAGCUCCUCUAGAGGAGAUCUCAGCCUUAGCAGUGAAGGAGCAGCUCACACUGGAGGAGGCCCAGCUGCGCGAGGAGGCCCAGCUGCGCGAGGAGGCCCAGCUGCGCGAGGAGGCCCAGCUGCGCGAGGAGGCCCAGCUGCGCGAGGAGGCCCAGCUGCGCGAGGAGGCCCAGCUGCGCGAGGAGGCCCAGCUGCGCGAGGAGGCCCAGCUGCGCGAGGAGGCCCAGCUGCGCGAGGAGGAGUAUGAUAUGUUUGGAGUGGACAUGGUGGAGACUAUCAGAGACCGGGUGGCUUCUCUGGACGACCUGGCCAAACGCAUUACAGUGGAGGAGAUGACCCCUGUCCCUGGCCUUGUGUCCAUCCUGAAGAGGAGGAGUGUGUGUGUGGAGGAUGUGUGUGUGGCUCCCUUCUCGGCACCACUCAAACACAAACGCCCUGCUAAACGCAGGGUCCGUUUCAAAGUACCUGACGACGGCUUUGACCACGACGAGGUGGGCGGAGACUCCUGCCUGCUCCUCUUCCUGCUUUGCCUGGUCACCGUGGUGAUCAGCCUGGGAGGCACCGCCCUCUACUGUGCCCUGGGCGACGCCCAGUCCACUGUCUGCACCGACUUCUCCCGUAACGCUGACUUCUACCUCGCACAGCUGCAUCGUGGGAUGGAUCAGCUCCAAAACUGGCUAACCCCCGCAUCUUAGCUGACCCCCAAGAGGAGAGGAGAAGAGAGGGGGAGGAGAAGAGAAAUAGGGGGAGGGAAGGAAAGGAGAGGGGGAGAAGAAGGGGACAGAGGAGGAAAACUCCCUCGUUUUGCAGAGUGGAUACUCGCCUCUCUUUAUGUCCUGCCCUGUUUUAAUCUCUCUCUCUCUCUCCUCUCUCUGUCAGUCUUUCUCUCUCUCUCUCUCUCUCUCUCUCUCUCUCUGUGUCAGUCUUUCUGUCUUUACUGGCUGGCCAGUUAGUGUGUUUGUGUGGGAGAGAGUGAUUGAACGAUGUUUGUGUGGCGGGAGAGAGUGAUUGAACGAUGUCUGUGUGGUACUGGUAGGCUGCAUCCACACUAAAAGUUCCCUAAGACAUCUGCAGUGCUGCCUGGUAGGACUGACCUAGGACCUGUAGUAUACUGGACCACCCAUAGACGUCAAAUGUACACUACUGGACGUGGACUGACUCGAAGUCAGCCCAGAGGAAUGGAUAAUAUUCAUUACCACUGACCUUGAACCUGCUCACUACUACAUGGACCUGUCCUCUGGGUCCUUCAGGCAUGGACAGAACUGCUCACCUGCGCAGACAGGAAGUGCUUGUGUAGCCAUUUCAGAAACCGGCACAGCUCUUUGUUUACUGCCGCCAUUUUUAAUCUCAUCUACACCUCAAAAAUAUGAACAAUUCUGCUGUGGUCAGAAACAUUAAAUAAUGUCUUUAAAAUAAUCUUCUAAUAAUGAAUGUUUUGUUGUAAUGAACCAGAUUUGACUUUUCUUUACGUUCCUCACUAAUUGAGUAUUUUUAUGUUGUAGGUAGGGUGUUUCUUUGGGCUGAGGAUAGAAGUUGCCCCGAAUCACAGAUCAUAGAUCAUAUCUUAACCGCAUCCUCAACCAGGAGGGGGAUGAAAUAUCUGACCCUGUAUCAGUGGAUAGGGGAAUCUGCUACCCCUUCUGUUUAUUGGGUUGUUUUGGGGUACAGAUAGUUCAGCCUGAUUGUAGCGUUGGCCCCUUGAUGACCCUUAGUGUGUGUCAGACAGAGAUAUAUGCAACACAGACAAGAAAGCAAUACAUGUCUGUAAUCAUGUGCGUUAAAGAAUGUUGUUUUAUUUAUUUCGUUCUUAAAAAAAAAAAAAA